AGCCGGCCCGGGGGACCCCCACUGCAAGCUCGCCAGCGGCGCUCUAGGACCGAGUACCGUCUGCUCUCCCUCCACGCGCUCGCCGCCAACAAACAGAGCCGCCGGCACUCGUGUUCUCCCUGCUGCCGGGACAUAUAGUAUGUCUAUUAGGUGUUUCGUCUCCCAGCCAUUUUCUAUGGAAAACCAAGGGGAUCGGGCCAUGAUAGCUACUGGCAGCUUUGAAGAAUGGGAUGCCUUUAGAGAAGCCUGAUCUUCAGAGGCCUCAGCGUGAGACCAUACAAAGCCGGAUUCCGGCAGAGUUCCUCUGUCUCGUCUUGUUGCUGCCUAAAAGUGUUCCAUUCACCACUCUUUUUCCAUCUCCUGGGAGGUAGCGGGAUAUCAGCAUUAUGGUUGGGUUCAAGGCUACAGAUGUACCCCCUACUGCCACGGUGAAGUUCCUGGGGGCUGGCACAGCUGCGUGCAUUGCAGAUCUCAUCACCUUUCCUCUGGACACGGCGAAAGUCCGGCUGCAGAUCCAAGGAGAGAGGCAGGGGCCAGUGCGGGCUGUGGCCAGCACCCAGUACCGCGGCGUGCUGGGCACCAUUCUGACCAUGGUGCGCACCGAGGGCCCCUGCAGCCUCUACAGUGGGCUGGUCGCCGGCCUGCAGCGCCAAAUGAGCUUUGCCUCCGUCCGCAUCGGCCUCUACGACUCUGUCAAGCAGUUCUACACCAAGGGUUCUGAGCAUGCCAGCAUCGGGAGCCGCCUCCUGGCAGGCAGCACCACAGGUGCCUUGGCUGUGGCUGUGGCCCAGCCCACAGAUGUAGUAAAGGUACGGUUCCAGGCUCAAGCCCGGGCUGGAAGUGGCCGGAGAUACCAAAGCACUGUUGAUGCCUACAAGACUAUCGCCCGAGAGGAAGGGUUCCGAGGACUCUGGAAAGGAACCUCUCCCAAUGUUGCUCGUAAUGCCAUUGUCAACUGUGCUGAGCUGGUGACCUACGAUCUCAUCAAGGAUGCCCUCCUGAAGGCCAACCUCAUGACAGAUGACCUCCCUUGCCACUUCACUUCUGCCUUCGGGGCGGGCUUCUGCACCACUGUCAUCGCCUCCCCUGUCGAUGUGGUCAAGACAAGAUACAUGAACUCUGCCCUGGGCCAGUACAGCAGCGCUGGCCACUGUGCCCUCACCAUGCUCCAGAAGGAGGGUCCUCGAGCCUUCUACAAAGGGUUCAUGCCCUCCUUUCUCCGUUUGGGUUCCUGGAAUGUGGUGAUGUUUGUCACCUAUGAGCAGCUCAAACGGGCCCUCAUGGCUACCCGAACUUCCCGCGAGGCUCCCUUUUGAGCGUCUCCAGCUGCUGAGCCCACCACCUCUAGCUUUGGCUUUGGCUUUGGCUUUGGCUCAGCUCUAGCCAGGCCGUGCUUCCCUUCCCUCUCUCCUCACCCCUUCCUUCUACUCCCUUUCCCACCACCUCCCUUUCCUCUCCCCACAUUCUCACCCUUCUUCCCUACCUCAUCUCCCCAUCGCCUCUCAGUCCCAAUAGAGUUGACCCCAGCUGACACUGUAAGAGGCCUGGCAUCAGCCAGGAUCCCAAGCCUUCAGUUGCUUGAAAAGUUAAGCCCAGCUCUUUGUUCUGCCCCCAAGCCCAGCCCAGCCAGCAUGUCACCCAUAAAACAGGUUCAACCUUGG